GGCGGCUCCUUUGUAAUACCAUUAAACCCUUAUAUAUGAGGCAGGUUCCAAAAGACAGGCAAUGUGUGGCAAACAGGCGCGGCGAGAGGCAGCAGGGCAUGGCGACGACAAUGUACGCGUUCGUAGCAUGCGCUGCCUUGCUGUGCACAUGUUCGGGACAGCCCAGUCCUCCUCAGUCUGGGACAAGACUUGAGGAACCAAAACAGACCCUGGAGGAGGUGAGGUCUCCUCAGACCUGGAACACGGACAGACAGCAAGCUCCGCUGGACACCAGCUACCUGCCUGAUGUGGAAGAACGGCAGUUGGUGGACAGAGGAGAGACACAACUAAACCAAGCAAAGGAUGACUUGACGACGGAUGAACAUAGAUUCUGGGGAUAUCGUCCAUAUUCCUGGCGACGUUGGGGAGGGGGGUGGAAUGGAUACAGGGGUUGGAGGGGUUAUGACUAUGGUAGAAGAUAUCCUUAUUUUUAUGGUUACUAUUGGUAACAUAUUGCAAAAAUGGAAGAAUUUACAGCAAGAAACAGAUGCCAUUGAAUGGAAAUUUAUAAAGAAUGUGAAGAAAACGUACACAUUUACGUGAUACCGGGUAUUUUUCUUAUUCCGAAACCGAUCGAUAUGGAGCUGACUGCAUUGUUGCAGCGUGGAGAUUGACAACACCGGAGUUCGGACUCAAGAUAAAAUAUAUUACGUACUUCGUGUGCUUUGAAAGUACUACAAUGCACUAUCUGUGAGGAUGAACGCUGUAAAUGAUACAUUUAAACAACAUUUAAAUCCAGAUUGAUACUGAAGCCUUGAUUCUAAUUUUAUGGCAUUAUGACGUUCCAAUUAACUCACUCAGUGCUGGUUUUUACUGCCCACAGAAGAAAGAUUUAAAUAUCAAGAGACAAUAACAUAGUCUACGUGAUCAGCAACUUUUACGAAAAUAUUUAUAUCCAAAUAUUUAAGGAAGCACUCUUUUUUGAGGUUCUCCAAUAUAUUUAUGUAGAUAAAAGUUGCAAAAGGCCACAUUAUUUUGUGAUUAGUCAAUUCUCCUGUCAUUCACAAGUCAAUCUUAACCACUGUCCUAACUAUCGAUUAUCUUAAGUAACGUAUGUAACAAAUGGAUCAAUAACCAUAAACAGAAAAAUGAAAAGUAGUUGGUUUCCUCGUACUAGAAUGCAUGUAUUAAUGUUGUUGUUUUUAAUACAGUUUUGAGGGCCCCGAUCUCGAUUGUGUAUAAUAAAAACUAAAAUUAUUAUUCGUAGCAAUUAUAAUCGUGCUUGGCAACAUACUCUACAAAAAUUAAAGUAGGCAGGUAGGCAGAUUCUGCGAGGGUGUGAAAUCGGGUCUCUCACGUUAAGGAAAGAACACAGAUUCAGGGUAUUUGGGAACGGAGUGCUUAAGAGAGCGUCUGGGCCUAAGAGUGACGGAGGCUGGCACAUUUAGGAGCACCUUAGUUUUUACUCCUCGCCAGAUUUUAUUAGGGUGAUCAAAUAAUAGAGGAUGGGUGGGACAUGUAGAAUGCAGAAGGGAUAUAAAACAUGUCUGCACUCGGAAGACCUAGGUGCAAAUGGAGGGUUAUAUUAAAAUGAAUUUGGUUCAGGACAGUGACCUGUGGCGGUCUCUUGUGAACACGGUCAUUAACCUUCGGGUUCCAUAAAAGGCGGUUAAUUUAUUGACUGCUUAAGCGUACUAUUGGCUUCUCAAGAAGAACUCUUCUUCAAGUGAAUUAGGCAAAAAAGAAAACCUCAGGCAACAAACGUUUCCAGCAUCUUUAAUCCUUUUUAUAUUAAGUUGUAAAAUAAUCCAAUAAACACAUUGCUUUGUUUUAAUAGCUACACGGUGACAGCAAUAGUAAUGUGAAACAUUUAAAUUUAAUGCUAGAAGAAUAUUUCAUGAUGACUACACAAACAGUGUUUAUUAUCGACUUGAUGUCGAUCAAUGGGACAACAAAGUUUAGUGUUCUCUGAGGGGUACCAAUCUAACUUAUUACAUCACUGACUCAUGUUUAAUUCUUUACAGUGUUAUAUAACAUCACUCAUUUUAUUUACUCUGGGCAUAUAAUUAAAAAAAAUUAACACAGAGACUGUAAUGAAGGAGUAAUGACAGAAGAGAAAAACGAAAAUGGACUAUGAAAACAAGAAGUUCUCAGCAUUGUAUUGGUCCAAUAUUGAACCGAAAGUGCACAACAGAAAAUGCAGCUCGAAACACAAAGCCAUGGAGAAGCAUGAUAGGACGGCAAAGGUUGACCGGGGUUCAAUUUCCGGAAGGGGGAGGGAGUUUUCUCUUCGCCACCACGUCCGAACCGGCUCUGUCGCUCACCUGUCCAAUGCGUACAGGAUACUUCCUUCCAAGGAGUAAAGUGGCUGGAUGAUAAGACUGGCCAUCUAUUGCCCAGCUUAAGAAUGGGUGGAGCUUCACCUCCACUCUCCCUAUAUGCAUUAUAUACCUUCACUGAGUGGUUUAGGUACAGGAACUUCUAUAUAUUUACGUUUUACAAAAUACGUUAUCCUGUUGUCCAUUAUUACACUACAAGUACAAAAUAAGGAUCAGCAGGGAACAAAUACGUUUACAUAAAUACCAGCCCAAACAGGCAAUGAACAUUUUAAUUCUCAAAGGUUUAAAGUCCUUGAUAUCAGAAAACCUUGGUUAGACUUAGAUGUAUUGUAUGGAUUUGGGUUCCCAGAUAAGAGAAUUUGUAGGCCUGAUUUAGCUGUCUACGAUGUUUCAGUACCUAUUAAUACUCAACAUGUGAUAGAAUAGCCUCUGUAAUCUGAAGCAAUGGGAUUAUCGAAAUUAUUGUAUUUAUGUUAUACUUUAUAUAAAGGUAUGUGACAAUGUUGUAAGUAUUACAAUUUAUAAGUACUUGGGCCUAAUAUAAACUAUUUUUAUAAACUGUA